UAGUAUUGACAACUUUAUUCUUCAACAUCAGUCCUGAAAUUUGUUACUAUGUCGAUUGAAGGGAUUCUAGCUAAUAUUGGUGUGAUAGAUAUAUUAAACAAACUAGUUCCUGUUGUUGCUCAAGAGAUUAAUUUGGCAUGGGGUGUAAAAGAUGAUCUGAAAAAGCUUCAACACACUAUAGAGAUGGUUCUUGCUGUCAUAGCUGAUGCUGAGAGGAGGCAAGUGACUGAAAAAGCUGUAGGUCUUUGGUUGAGAAGGCUUAAAGAUGUUGUUUAUGAUGCGGAGGAUGUGAUGGAUGAGUUUUCGUACGAAACCAUGCGUCGAUCCGCAAGGGGGAACGCCUUGAAGUAUAAGGCUCGUGAUUUCAUUUCAUCUGCAAACCCACUUGCAUUUCGUUUCAAAAUGGCCGGGAAAAUACUUCUGAAAUACGUCGGUUACAGUUAAUAUUGGAUAUAGAUUUAUCAUCAACAUUUCUGAGAAGCUUAACUAACGCGAAGAAGUUGCGGACGCUUUUCAUUACUGAAGGUUCAAAAGUCUACCCUGAUAUAUUGCUAGAAAAUCAGCACUUGCGUGUACUGCAUAUAGGUCGUUCACCAGAUUGGACCUUUCCAAAGUUGCCUUCUUUGAGUUUUAAGCUGAGACAUUUAAGGUACCUCCAUCUUACUAGUCUUGAUAUUAGAGAAGUAGUGAAUGAUCUUUUCCCCAUCAAUAAACUUUAUAACCUAGAGACACUGGUAUUGCAUCACAUGAUAGGUAGUAUUGAAAAUCUUCCGACAAACAUUCAGUCCUUGAAAAAAAUUAAGACAUCUUGACAUCUCAGAGACCAAUAUAGAAGAGCUUCCUUAUUCUGUUACAAGUCUUUGUAAUUUGCAAACAUUGGAUCUCAAUUAUUACAAAUUAAAAUCUUUACCAAAAUCAGGUUCGGGUUUAAAGAAUCUAAGACUUCUUGAUAUUUCUCAUAAUCUUAUUGAAGAACUACCUGGUUUCAUUAGUAACCUUGGCAAUCUGCAGACAUUGAAUAUAGAAUUCUGUGACAAAUUGAAAUCUUUACCCGGGUCUGUAAAAGGCCUUGCUAAUUUAAAGAUUUUUAAGUUCGGUUACUGCCCAUUACUUGAAAAAUUGCCAGAAGACUUUGGAGCAUUAACUCAGUUAACAUACCUUAGCCUAUACCGUACAUGCAUCAAAGUAUUACCAGAGUCUUGUGUUAAUCUCAUUAAUCUUGAGUACGUAGAUCUUUUCGAUUGUGAGCUUCCGGAGGGGUUGAAUCAUUGGAAAAAGUUGAGUAAAUUUUCUAGCACUAAGAAAGUGACACCAGUGGGUGUAGGGAAACUAGUUUCCCUUGAAAAUCUGACUUAUUGGGUGAGAGAAAAACUAAUAAAUGGCGUUGAUCUUAACGACAAUGGUAUUGAAGAAUUAGGAAACUUAAACUUUCUUCGGAGGCUGGAUAUUAUGAAUCUACAUAACGUGAAAGAUCCAAUGGAUGCUGAGAGAGCAAAUUUGAAAGAGAAACGGAAUCUUUAUCAGUGAACACUACAUUGGGAUGAAACAGAAGAAUCAUCCGACAUGGUGUGGGAUCAGAAGUCAUGUAACUUCCAAGUAUUUGAAGCUCUUCAAACUCAUACAGGGUUGAGCCAAUUGGAAAUUCAUAACUUCAUGGGGCGAGACUUACCGACGUGGAUGUGUGUUCCAACAGCUAUUGGGAAGUUCAAACAUCUUGCGCACCUCCGUCUUGUAGGAUUGAAGUCUUUGAAGAGUUUGGAUAUUGGCGGAUUUCCUUCCUUAACAGAUCUCUAUCUUUGUCGUAUGGUCUCUCUUGAAGACAUGUAUUGUUCUCAUUCUUGUCUAAGUGUUCGAGUCCUAUGGAUCAGUGGCAGUACAAAAUUGGCAGAAAUUCCUUCGUUUCCAUCUCUGAAGAUGCUGAUGUUACAAGAUAUUGAUCAUCAGUUAGUAAGAUUAGUCGGGAAACCCAGACCUCUAUCAAAAUGCUUUAUUUAGUAAAUAUUAAGGAGCUCAACUACUAUCCUAUAAGCAUACUCCAGGGUAAUUGUAAUCUUCGAAAUCUGAAUAUUGAAGAGUGCAGUAAGUUUCAAGGAUUUCGAGCAGGCAAAGAUCAAGAAAAUGAGAAUGAGGAGGUUACUCUGCUUAGCGCACAACUGCUUAGUGGCUGCUCUCUAGAUGAAUUGGUUUUGGCCGAUUGUCCAGUUCUAAAGUUUCUUCCAGAUUUGCAAGGAUGGACUUCUCUACGGAAAUUAGUCAUUCAGAAUUGCCCCAGAGUGAAGGAGUACUUAACCUAUGAUCUUAAAACCCUCUCCUUUCUUAGAUUAUUGGAUGUUGAUUUCAUUGAAAGAGACGAAGAGCCAUUUAAUAUUUACAAUUCAAUGGAGUUGGCAAUGUCGCAGUUUCUUAGGCAGCGGCGAAAAGACAAAUUAUCAAGUUAGUCUACCAGGUAUCGAAGUUUUAUGCAUUAUAUUGGUUCACUAGAUAAUGGCUGAUGAUAGAAGAGACAUAAAAACCAAUACGAUGUAGCUAUGAAUUAUGUUUUGUCAUUGACAAGCUCAUGCCCUCUUCUAGAACAUCAUUCUUCAGUUUUAAUUACUUAGUUUUCUUUUCCUUUUGUUUCUCCUGAUCACUACCUGAUUCAUACUUCUAUUUCUAUUAUUUUAAUUGUUGUGCAACUGAGUACAAGUGGAUUGGAAAAUAGCAUAGACCAUGGUUUGUUUAGACAAGUGGAUGAA